GCCAAGGCUGCUGGGACUCGCGGUACUGCGACUCCCGUGGGCCGGGCCGCCGUGCCGAGCCGGUCGCGGUUGCUCGAGGCUGGUCAUGGCGGCGGUGCCGCCGUCCUCCCGUCCGGGUGGCUCGGAGCCCCCCCCACCGCCGCUGCAGUACAGCCUGUUGCUGCGGCACCUGGUGGGCGAGCAGCGGCGGCCCCGCGCCUUAGACCCCGCGGCUCUCGGCGGCAUCCCCAGCCCGCCUAAGAGCGAGGAGCAGAAGAUGGUGGAGCGGGCUAUGGAGAGCUGCGCCUUCAAGGCUGUGCUGGCCUGCGUGGGAGGGUUCGUUCUGGGAGGAGCAUUUGGUGUCUUCACAGCUGGCAUCGACACCAACGUUGGGUUUGAUCCCAAAGAUCCAUAUCGUACUCCAACGGCCAAAGAGGUCCUCAAAGACAUGGGGCAGCGAGGCAUAUCCUAUGCAAAAAACUUUGCCAUUGUGGGUGCCAUGUUCUCCUGCACUGAAUGUGUGGUGGAAUCUUAUCGUGGAAAGUCAGACUGGAAGAACAGUGUCAUUAGUGGCUGCAUCACAGGAGGAGCAAUCGGCUUCAGAGCUGGUUUGAAGGCUGGGGUGAUCGGCUGCGGGGGAUUUGCCGCUUUCUCUGCUGCAAUCGAUUACUACCUGCGGUAGCAGUGGGAUCUGCCGGCAGCAAGUUUCCCUUUGGCUCCAGUGCUGCUGCUAAGAGCCUGCACCACGGCUGUAGAACCACCAGGCUUACCUUUCCACUGCCUCUGGAGUGUUGAUCAGUGCAAGCUGGACGGCGUUGGCUGCUUUCCCUGACUGACUAACAAUGAUCUGGCUCUAAGCCCUGGCCUGCUGCUUCAGGCAGGCUUGCGGGAGGACGCGAGGCCGGAGCCAGCAGUAUCUCCAGGAUGGAUCAGCUGACUGUCAGUUUCCAGGAAACAAGGCUGGACUCUGGGCUUUCUUGAUCCUUGAGAUCUGAUUUUGAUUAAGUCUGUUGCUAACAUCAAAAGAGGCAGGAGGACAACCUUCAAACAGAAAGGCAGCGAUUUAGGUUACCGUGGGGCUGAACGUGCUGCGAGCGUUCAAGUUGUCAGUUUGCAGCUUGCUGAUCUGUUGGGGAGAGGUAAGAUCCUGUGGAGAAAUAACUUUGUUCCAGGCUUCUCUUAAAAUACCAGCUGAAGGCAAACCACCAUCUGUACAAUUUGUCUUAUUUCAAGUACAGAGAUGAGAGCCAGAGUUCUGCACCACAUCUUAAAGGGAAACGCCAAAAGGAAUCCUUAGCCUCAGAACCGUGUGGUUACUGGCAGAUGGACAAAACAGUUUGAGGGGAAAAAAAAGGAGGCUGCAGAAGUAUAAUUCUCUGUAGCCACUUGGGCAGCCUGAUAUAACCUCUCUGUGGGAGUACAAAAAAAAAAUCUUGCUACUGCUUUAACUGCCACAGGCUCACAACAUUAGCUCCAGCAGUUUGACAGUGAGACUAGAAAGCAGAACUGUGAGAAUAAGCCACUGUUAGAUAACUGGGCAGUCACUUAGCACACUGUCUGUUUCCCAUCAUGUCCUUGUGCCACCUCUGAAUGCCCCAGUGUUACAGCUGGGGGAAAUAAAGUUCUUUCUGCAGAA